AUGAAUAGUGAUGAUGAUUCCGUAUUUAAUGAUGAUUUAGAUGAUUCAGAAAUAACUAAUCUUAUCCAUAAUAUUCCUCUGUCUCUGUCUCUGUCUCUGUCCCUGAAAAGUAAGUUACAAAGGAAUCUUUAUGGGGAGAUAAUCCCCCAGCAGUAUAUUGAAAUUGAUACAUCCAAAGGAUAUACAGAGUUGCCUCCUACACAUCAUGUCCUUGAUUAUGAAAAUUUGUCCACAUAUAUUUAUCCCACUAACUUUGAGAUUCGUGAUUAUCAAUUCAAUAUUGUGCAGCGUGCGUUCUAUGACAAUUUAUUGGUUGCUUUACCUACGGGUUUAGGUAAGACUUUUAUUGCUAGUACGGUUAUGCUUAAUUUCACCCGAUGGUUUCCUCAGGGAAAGAUCAUUUUCAUGGCUCCUACAAAGCCAUUGGUAGCGCAACAAAUUAAAGCAUGUUGUGGGAUAACAGGUAUACCAACCUCACAAGUAGCAAUUUUAUUAGACAAAUCCAGAAGGAAUAGAACAGAUAUAUGGAAUUCGAAAACUGUGUUUUUUACCACGCCCCAAGUGGUUGAAAAUGAUUUGACAACCGGUAUUAUAGAUCCAAAACUGGUUGUAUUGUUGGUGAUUGAUGAAGCUCAUAAGUCUAAGGGUAAUUAUGCUUAUAAUAAUGUUGUAAAAUUUAUAACCAGGUUCAGUAAUUCGUUCAGAAUUUUGGCUUUAACGGCUACACCAGCUUCUGAUGUAGAAGGUGUUCAAGAAAUUAUUGAUAAUCUUUCGAUUUCAAAGGUUGAGGUCAGAACAGAACAGAGUAUAGAUAUUUCAAAGUAUAUGAAAAGAAAAACAAUUGAAAGAGUAACUGUGUCACCUUCUAUAGAGAUUUGUGAAAUUGUUGAUAUGUUAUGUACUGCAAUUCAACCCGUGUUGUCAAUGGCAAAUGAACGAAGAAUAUAUGAUAUGACUGAUCCACUGAAAAUCAAUGCAUUUCAAGUAAUUGAUGCGUCUCAAAGAUUAUUGAAGAACCCUACUAUUCCAGAGGGUUUAAAAUGGCAGAAUUAUUUCAUUUUACAAAUUUUAAAUGUAGUAGGUCAGUCAUUGAGGAGGCUAAAUAUAUACGGAAUAAAAUCAUUUUAUAAUUAUUUCGACCAAAAGCACAAAGAGUUCACAACAAAAUAUAAUAAUAAAAAGUCAACUAACCAAACAGCUGCUAGAUUUUAUUUCCACGAAAACAUCAACUUAAUACUUAGUACGUGUAGAGAAUUAAUUUCUAAUGAUAACUACUUAGGACAUCCCAAGCUUGAGGUUUUAAUCAAUGAAUUAGAUGGAUUUUUUAAAGAAAACGAAGAAAAUGAUUCUAGAGUAAUCAUUUUUACUGAAUUUAGAGAAUCUGCUCUAGAUAUUGUUAACUCUAUUGAAAGGAUAGGAAGUAACCUAAAGCCACAUAUUUUUAUCGGUCAAUCUAAAGAGAAAGAAAAAUUUGAUGAAGAAACGUAUUUAAGCAAGGGCAAAAAGAGUAAGGCAAAAGGAAAAGCUACGAAAGGCAAGCAAAAGAAUACUGAAACUUCUGAGAGAUCGACUUCACGUACCAGUUCAGAGGAUGCACAGAUUAAAGGUAUGAAUCAAAAAUUGCAAAAGGAAUUAAUCAAAAAGUUUAAAAAAGGUGAAUACAAUAUAUUAGUCGCAACAUCUAUUGGUGAAGAAGGUUUGGAUAUUGGUGAAGUUGAUUUAAUUAUAUGUUAUGACUCUACCAGUUCCCCGAUUAAAAAUAUUCAAAGAAUGGGUAGAACUGGACGUAAGAGAGACGGUAAAGUACUUUUAUUGUUUGCUGGCAACGAGGAACUGAAAUUUGAUAAAGCAAUGGCUGGAUAUGAAUUUAUUCAACAGCAUAUAAUGCAUAAUAGACUAAUAACAUUAGCUCAAAGUAAUCGAAUAAUACCGAAGAAUUAUAAACCAAUAGUUGAGAAGAAAUUUAUAGAAAUUCCGGAAGAAAAUACGGAAAUUGAGGCUGAAGAAGAUGAGGAUGAAAUUAUAAGAAUUGCCACAAUGUAUAUGAAUAAUAAAGGUGAUAAAGUAACUAAGCCUAAGUCUAACAUUAAGUCUAAAUCCAAAAAAAUUGAAAAGAGAUUUUUCAUGCCUGAUAAUGUUAUAACUGGUUUUCAAAAUGUUACUAAUAUGAUUAAAAAGGCAGACAGUGAUAAAUCUGUGGCAGAUACUAGAAGAGAAAAAGACCUCUUAGAUAAGCUUUUAGAGUCUGAUACUGAAGAUGAAUUAAUGAUUGAAGGAAAAAGUUCUCCUGUAAAAAAUGAUCAGCAGAGAAAAUCAAACUCGAACUGUACGCGGGAACAAGAUUUUAAGGAUGGAAUUGAAAAUAUUAACAAUAAAGUUACUGGUGAUUUUGCAACUGUUAAUAAAGAGAAUAAAGAAUCAGGAGCUUCGAAAUCGCCGCCUUGUCGUGGAACACCGUCUGCCUUAGGAAUAGGACGCUUAUCGCCCCAAAAUGGUAAGACUAUAAAUAUGCCUACUUCUCUGAUUGAAGAAACGACACCAGAAGUAACAGAAAAUAUGGAACCAUCGACUGUUAAUGUAGCUGAGAAAAGAAAAUCUCCAAAUAUGGAUGCAAAUAAUCGAGAAUUUGCGCCAAAGCAAAAGACCUUAGGCUUAAAAAGACGAAAAGCAAAUAAUAUUACCGAUCAGCUUAAGCAGCAAUAUAGUAGGGUGAUUAAACCUAAUACAGCCAACCAAACAAUAACUGUUAAUGAAGACGAAAACUUAAUGAAAGAUUACAUAAACAACGAGCAAAGUUAUAAAAAUAAGAUUACGGAGUCUGCUAUAGAUGAUGCAUUUGAUGAGGCCGACGUGUUCGAUGAUGGCUUAGAUGAUGAAUUAGUGUUGAUCGCCAACGACAAAAUAUCUUCCUUUGAACGAUCAUCAUCGCCAAAUUUUCCUGUGAGCAAACCUUCAGAUCAAGUCUAUAAACAUGAAUUCUCCUCGGGAGAAGGACUUCUUAAUCAAGAAGAAAUGCUUGAACUCUACACCUCAUAUUUUUCUAUUUUGGAUCCUGCCGAUAGAAUUGAUUUUUAUGAUCCAUUGAAUUUUAAUAAGCGAAACUCAUCAAUACACCAUCAUGGACAAAUUGGACAUAGUCAGGCUUCAAGAAGGCUUCUACAAUCUUCCAAAUUUAUGGGAACAACUUCUACUACAACUGCUAAAAAUAUGAUGGAACGCUAUAAGCAAACUUACGAUCUAAUACAUCAUGAAAAUAGUAGUAUUGUUCAAAAAAUAACGAAAACAGACUCGAAAUAA